AUGAAUUUUAAUAUAAUUUUUCUUGUUUUAUUCAUCAUUUGUAUUCAACAAACAUUAACACAAGUACCACCAGUUGUACCAUUGACAAAUGCUUUAACAGCUGUUUAUUGUCAUAGUUCAGAUGAACCUGGUAUAAUGACAAUACGUUGUGGACCAAAUGAAAAAAUUCGAAUGUUAGAUGCAUUUGAUGCUACAGCAAAACAUAGAUCACGUUUACCAAUACAAUGUUUAAAACAAAAAAAACAAUUUUUAAAAGAUUCAAAUGAAGAAUCUUAUGGUGUUGAUUGUAAAGUUCAUACAAGUUUUACAUCUGCUUGUUCAGGACGUGAAAAUUGUACAUUACAUAUGCAACGUAUACGUUUAAAUAGUGUUCAAGAUAAUUGUCAUAAUGAAUUAGUUGAUUAUACAAUGGCAUUUUUUGAAUGCAUAUCAGAUGUAUUUAUACAUGAGGUUUGUUCAUCACAAGCAAUAACUUCGGCAUGGGGUACAUUACAAACACCAAAUUUUCCUAAUCCUUAUACAUCAAGUGAUGAUUGUUGGUGUAAAUUAUCAACACAAUUACAACAUCGUCUAUUACUUUCUAUUAUUGUCUUUCAACUAAUUCCUUAUGAUAAACGUUGUGCUGGUGCUGGUCUUUAUUUACAAAGUAGUAAUGAGCAACGAAGCACUCAAUGUACUUAUUUACAACAAGGACAUAAUUAUUUAAGUGAUACAAAUACAUUAUAUAUUAAUUUUUAUAGUCGAACACCGACUGUACGUGGAGGAUUUUGGAUUAUUUAUGAAGCGAGUCAUCCAAAUGCAGAAGUUCAUUUACAUUGUGGACCACGUGAAAAAAUUGGUGUACCAUUAUCAUCAAAUUCACUUAUAUCACCUUCUAUUUCAACUCCAUAUGAUCAUGGUUGGAGUCGUUUAGCAUUUAAUAAUCCACCAAAUCCAACGACACCAAUCAAUGGUCCUAUGAUGCGUAUGCGUUUUCCUGUUACCACUACACUUCAUUCAUCUGUUAAUACAAACUAUAAAAUAAAUACUUCAACAGCUGUUGGAGCUUUUACAUAUCCACAUGGAGCAUUAACAACAUUUGAAUUAGCUUAUGGACCAAGUGGAUGGUAUUUAAAACAUCCCAUUAAUGCAUGGAAUAAAACCUUAAUUAAAUUUUUACGAACAACAACAACAACAACAACAACAACAACAGCAGCAGCAACAACAUCUCAAUUACCAGUUUCAAAAUGGAAUUUUACUUGGUAUUAUACUCGACCAAGACGAACAAAAUUAUUUACAACACCGAGUACUUCGAUAACAACAAAAACAAUAACAAAACCAACAACUAUUACUACAACAACUACUACUACUAAACAAACUACUAUUGUUUUGUCAGCAGCAACAGCAACAACAUCGAUUUCUACGUCAACAACUCGAACUGUUACUGCUCGUCAACGUUUAUUAUUUACUCAUCAACCAUGGAUAUUUUAUAGUUCUAGUAAUUCUCAAUCAUUGACAACAACUAUCAAACCUAUAAUUAAAUCCUCGACAACUUUACCAGCAUUAUCUUCUAUUAUGAAAUCUACAUUACCAUUACCAACUCCUUGGUAUUCACCAGCUGGUCCUUUUGAUUGGUGGCAAUGGCAAUGGUAUACAAAAAAAACCAAAGCAUCAUCAAUACAAUUUCAUUAUACUACACCAGCUUUAAUAACAUCUACAAAAAUAAUUAGCACAAAACGAAGAAUACCUAUUACUAGUACUACUAUCAUCACUACUACUCUUAGCACUACUCUUAUCACCACCACUACGACUACUACUACUACUUAUUCUACCACUACGACGACCUCGACAACAACAACAACAACAACUACUACUACUACUACUACUACUACUCGUACUACCAUGACAACUACAACAACUAGAAAAAGUACAACUCGUCUGACAGAGCCAUCAAGUAGGAUAACUAUGAGUACAACACAUGAACCUAUUGGUGAUUGGCUUCAAUGGCCUUAUAAAGAAAUUGAUUCAAAUAAAAAAGAACCAUAUGAUGAUUUCGACGAUGAAUAUAAAGAUUGGCUUGAUUAUUUUACUACUAGUACAAGUCAAGGAAUACUAACAACAAGUACUUUAUUGUCAAUUUCACCUGGACAACAAUAUUCACAAUCAGAUUAUAUUCCAACAAAAUCUAAAUGGAAAGUUAUAACUAUCAAUACACCACCAGCAAAACGUCAUCAUUCCCAACAAAAUUCUGGUGUUAAUGAACGAAAUGCUAUGGGAAUUCAAACUAAUGAACAAACAACAACUCCCAAUGUUCAUAAUAUGAUUCGACGUGUUAUUGAACAAAGAAAUAAAAAAAAUUCUACAGAAUAUGGAUGGUUAAGUAAAACAGAUAUGACUAUUGUUGCUGUAUCAAUUCUAUUUGUUAUUCUAUUGGCAAUUAUUAAUUUAAUUCUUUUUGCUGUUCGACGACAUCGGCAUCGAAUUCAAGGUCGACAUUUACUUAGUACUUCAAUCCCAUCAACAUUAGAUAAUAGAAGACUUGGAGGAAGUGGACAUUUACGCAGUCCAACAUUUACUGAUACAACUAAUGGUUUAAUUAAUACACCGAAUAAUACGAAUAAUAAUGAUAUAUUACCUGCUGUUGGUGAAAUUGUUAUAUGGGAUGAAAAAGAUCAAGGUGGUUAUAUGAUUGAUAAUAAUGGAUCAUGGGCUAAAAUAGAAGGACGUCAAUGGUUUGGUAGUCAUAUAUUUAAAAAUUGUAGUAAAACACCACUUGCAAAAAGUUUUCGAUCACGUUUUCGUUUUAUUCGUCAUUUGGAUAAAAAAACUAAUCAUCAUCAUCAUCAAGCACCAAUAGCACCAAAAACACAACAAAUACAACAACAAACAUUUAAAUUUCCUCUUCUUAUGGAUACUGCUACACUUUCACCAGUACCCGAAGCAGAUGAUUAUGAAUCAUCAGAAUUAAGUUUAUCUGAUAUUAUUAUUCGAAGUUCAGCAACAACACUCAAUAGUUCAAGUCGACGACAACAACAUCAACCAUUAAUGAAAUCUGAACGUAAACAUGAUUUAUCCGUACAAAGUCAACAACAACAACAAAUAACAAAAACUAUUCAAGCAUUAAUUCAUAAUGAACAACAACAACAACAACAACAAAAUGAUGAUUAUUAUAAACGAAUUGGAAAUAGUGGUGAUGAUUCAAAUUAUAUGGGAAUGUCAGGAAGUGCUCUAAGAGAUUCAUCUAUAACUGAUCAAGAAACAGAUCGAAGUUUAGGUAAUGAAAUAGAUGCUGGAGGACCAGUUGUUGUUAGUGUACCAACUAUGAUAAGACGAGAUGAUGAUGCUGGUACAAUAACAGAUGGUGCUGAUUCAAUUUAUAAUCCACAUUAUUCAAUUCAAUCUCUUAAUGAAUAUCCUCAUCGAAAUUUUGUUCAAUCAAAUUCAAAUACAGGUCCAUUUUCAACAAAACCAUCUAUAAGUACAUUUAAACCAACAACAAAUAAUUCAGUAAUAGUUGGUUAUUGUCAAACAGAAUUUCAAUCACUUGAUCCAAAAUCAUUAUUUAAAACAACUGAAAAAGCAUCAUUAAUUGAACAACAACCAUUUUUUCGUUGUUCACAAUCUGUACAAUUAUCAACAUAUGAUUCAGGUUUUGUUGAUGAACAAACAGUUGGAAGUUUAACAGCAGUUAAUAAUAUAAAUGAAUUAGAAAAUAAUUUAAUCAAUAAAGAUAAAGAUGAACAUAUGAGUAUGGAUGAUAUUUUAUUAACAAAAAGUGAAGAAGAUGAUGAUGAUGAUGAUUUACAAUUACAUGGUUUAAUAACAAAUGAAUUAAGAAAUGCAAAUCAACAAAAAUGGAAAAAUGCUUCAAAACGUGUUUCAUUUCAAGAAGAACAUAUUACUCAACGUUUUUCUCCACCACUACCACCACCACCAUCAUCAUCAUUUAAUACAACAACAAAUUUCGAACCAUCAUCAAAUCCAUUUGAUACUUAUGAUGUUUCACCUGAUGUAAUUCAAUCAAUACCAGUUGCACCACCACUAUUUAAAUCUUUUUUACUUCCAACAACAACAACAACAACAACAACUACUUUAAAUGAUUGUUCACCAACAACAAGUAGUGUAUUUACUGUUCAAAAACAAAUAACAUCUAUUGAUAAUGAAGAUAAUACAGAAAGUAUAAUAAUGAAUCAUUUACAUUCCGUUAAAUCAUUAAAAAAAUUUUUUGAAACAAAAAUGGUUAUACAACGACCAACAUCUACCAUGCAAACAAUAACUUGUUCUCAACCAAUAACAACAAUUAAUGAACAAAAACUUGAUCGAUCAUCAACAACUAAAGAACAAAAUUCAAUAGAUGAAUCUAAUCAACGACAAGAAAUGAUGAAUAAAGUAUUGGAAAGUUUAAAAAAGAAAAAAUUUUAUUCAAGAGCAACAAAUGAUACUCCUGAACCAAGUGGUCGAUGUUCAGCAAUGACAAUAUCAUCAUAUGAUUCAAAUCUAACUCAAAAUUUAGCUGUACAACGUCAUUAUUCUCGACGUUUUCGUUCAUCUUCAACAAGUAAUAAUUCUCUUUAUCCUGGUGGUAAUGUAAUAAUACAUAUAAAUCCUACAAAUUCUCAACAUAAUAAACGUGCUUAUUCACAAGAUCGUCAACAUUAUCAAACAACAGAUCAUCAUAUAAGUAAUAUUGAAAAAUGGAAACAAGAACGACAACGACAAAUAGAAUCUGAUGAUGAAGAUAAUAUAUCGGAAAAUUCUAUGUUAUGGCAAGCACGUACAAAAUUAAAUGAAUUUGUAACUCGUACAAGAAAACAUCAACAACAAUCACCAUAUUAUACAACAUGUACAAAUGGUGGAACACCAUCUGAAGAUAUAUAUAUGUAUGAUGAUAAUGAAAGUGUUACAGCAGAAACACGUUUUUAA